AUGGCGUGGGCAUAUGUCAUCUUCAGCGGCCCGUCGUGGCUGAGGGCUGUCCCGCUGCUGGACGAGCUGGAUUUGGGGAUACACCCAGAUGACACAUAUUCUUUGGCUGGCGCUGACACUGAGCUGCACUGCUCUCCACACACAGCACCUGAGGCUGUGCCAGUGCCAAAGCGCUACAGCGACUAUCUGGAGCUGCAGACGGAGAACUGCAUUCUCCUGAUCCAUUUGUUCAUCUACACUGAUCUACAGUAA